AAGAAAUAGUCAUUUUCUUCACUGUCAGACUUCCUUAAACAAGCUGUGCUGAGAGGGAAUUAUGGAAAAAAUGGAUUUAUUCUCUUUUGUAUUUAUUUUAGCUUGUCUGCAUGUUCACAGUGUAUGGGCUAAUAUCAGUAUUACACGGGUAAAUUGCGCCACUGGAACCAAUACCUAUGUUGGAAGCAUCCUGGAGGGAUAUGAAGGAGAUGUAGAGAUUAUCAAUAAUAUCGGACCUGAAGAUCGUCUGGUCCUGGAGGAAUAUUCUGCUUCCAAUGCUCUGGAAUUUCUAGAGCUGGUUUAUUCUGAUGGAGAUCCAACCGCUACUGUACGAACCAUCAAACCACUGGAUGCUGAAGAACAACAGGAGUCAGGAGGAGAUUUGUAUUAUUCAGUCACCUGCUCAAACACAGGGUUGAAAAACAUCCGAAGAGUAGAGGUUUGGGAUAUCAAUGACAACCCUCCGAUCUUCCAGAGCAAAACAUACAGCGCUACCGUGUCAGAGACAACAGCUGUGGAUUCAAAUGUACUCAGGGUGACGGCUAAUGAUGCAGAUGUGUCUCCAGAAAACAACAUACUUACAUAUGCUAUACUGCCUCCAGUACCAGAUGACUUUGAAGUGAGAGAUGACGGUAACAUCAGGCUGAAACGACGUCUGAACUACAACAAUGCUCAACAGUACACCUUCACCGUGGAAGCUAAAGAUAUAGGAGGAUUCAAUGACACAACAACAGUUACAAUAACGGUUGAAGAUUUUGACAAUCUAAACCCUUAUUUUGAUCACAGUCUCUACAAGGCAUCGAUUGAGGAAAAUCAGGUAGGACAAUUCUCAAACAUCACUCCUGAGGCCAUAAAAGCUCAAGAUGGCGACACUGGCAUCAACGAGCCUGUAGUUUACAACAUAACAGCAGUACUUCCAAAUGAAUAUGAGAAGAACUUUGAAAUCGACCAAAACAGUGGGGUCAUCUCUGUGAAAACAGCAUUAGACAGAGAAGAAAUAGACCAGAUAACGGUUUACAUACAGGCAGCACAGCAGAAUGAUGCCAGUAAAACGGCUGAUGCAGCCGUGUCUGUCACCAUUGAGAAUGGGAAUGAUAACCCUCCGAAAUUUGACCAGGAUGAGUACACAGUGUCUAUUCCGGAAAAUUUGCCACAGGACCAGUUUGUGCUUCAGAUUACUGUGACUGACCUAGACCUGGAUGGGUUCUCUAAAGGUUACUUUAUCAUUGAUAGCGAUAUCUUUGUUAUCAACAAUCAAGGAGUAGUAUCACUCAGAAGCGACACCACCUUGGAUAGAGAAACUAUAGACAAUUACAUCAUCGAGGUAAUAGCUGUGGACCAGCCUGUCGAUGGCUUAAGCUCUACAGCUCAGGUCAACAUCACUGUUUUGGAUGUCAAUGACAACAACCCGCAAUUCCUUCCUCUCCCAGACCCCACUGAGAUUCAGGAAGGCGUGUACACACCCUCAUCACCUGGAGAGGUGUGCUUAAUCUCAGCCACAGACUCUGACAUUGGAGAAAACGGACGUGUGACCAUCACUACUUCCUCACACAGUGAACUGUUCAGCUUCAGAGAGGAUGGGACUCUACUAGCUAUCGGUGAGUUGGAUCGGGAGACACAAGAUGUGUAUGAUGUGGUCAUUGUUGCCAUGGACAGUGGAACCCCACACAGAGAUAACAUCACCACAGUGAGGGUCAGGAUCACAGACGUCAAUGACAACACUCCAGUCUUCAGCUCUGAAACCUACAGCACAAGCAUUCUGGUUAAAGAUGGCAAGAUUGGAAAGGUGCUGCUGACGCUCUCUGCCACAGAUAAAGAUGUUGGAUCCAAUGCAAUCAUUAGCUACAGUUUCUCUGAAGUCUCUUCGUGGUUGCACUGGAUGCUGAAACUGGAGACAUCACUUUGACCUCUGACCUUAGCGAGGUCACAGAAGACAUGCUGCUAGACCUUACUGCUAUAGCGACAGAUCAUGGAACACCAGCACGGUCUGAUGAAGCCAAAGUCUUGAUCCACUUCAGAAUUUCAUCUCGCAAUGAGAGUGUGGCUUUUGCCAGCUCCUCCUAUAACUUUGCAAUAAAGGAGAAUGAACCUGAGGCCACAAUAGUGGGCAAAGUCAAGGCAUUAACAGGCAGUCCACUGGUUACAGUCAGCUAUAACAUGAAGUCACAUGAGGACGUCUUCUCUGUGGAU